UAUCAUAGUGAAUUCAAAUUUUUUUGUAUGUAGAUAAUUUACUACUAUAAUUUAAAAAUAAUUGAAUGUUUACAUUUCUAACCUUGGUAAUAUAUUUGAGUGGGCAAUACUUUUAUUGUUAUAAGAGGAGGGGUUUACUGAGGCAUUGACUUAUUGAGAUAUUAAGACUGAUGUAAAAAAAAAAUGUUUUCUAUUUAAAAGCAAAAAUUAAAAUGAAUAAUAAUAAUUUAUAGUACUUGAUUGUCAUUUCACUUUAUCAGUGUCUGUGUAUGACAGGAAGUAUAAAAUUUUGAUAAUUCUUUAAAAAUAAAAUGAUAUAAUUUAACCUACUUAAAGGGUAAAUUUAAUCUCGUUAAGUUCAAACUACCUACACAAUGAAUGGUUAACUCACCAGAUACUGUAUUGCGGUUUAAGCAUUCGCUUCUAUGCUCUCAAGGCAAAAUGGACUCUUUGUACUUAGUUACAUUACACUUAAUUAUCUAUGUAUGUUCAACACAUGGUGUACCUAUUGAUGAUGAUCAAGCACUAAAACCAUGUCCAAAAAUUACACCUUUCAAAAAAGUCAACAUCGAUCAGUUAUUGGGAAAAUGGUUUUUGGCUAUAAUGGUGAUAGAAUCAGAACAUGAAGAAUUUGUUGAAGAUGGUGUUUGUAUUCAUGGUGAACUUUUGCGAUAUAAUAAAACCACAUUGAGACAAGUAUGGAACAUUGAUAAUCCAUUAUUAAUUGGUGACCACAGUGCUGUUAUUGAAUUGCCAACAAUAGAAAAUGAAGUAGGAAUUUGGUCAAUACAAAGUCCACUAGGAGGAGAAAUAACUGCAACUAUAAUUGAUGCAGAUCCUGACGCACAUUUGAUAUUGGCGUUUUGUGGUAAAAAAGGAUCAGACUCAUUACACAUGUGGACUGUAGUAGUAACACGUCAAAACGGAAUUGCAGCACCAGAAACCUUAAAAUUAUCAGCCAUUUUAGUCAAACACGGUUAUAAUCCAAUGGCAAGUAAAAUUAUAAGCUGGAAAAAUUGUCCGAUUUAUACCAUGAUACCUUGAUAAUCUUAACAGUUAUUUUGUAUGAUAUAAACUAAUAGUAAAAUAAAUAAAAAUACAGAAUUAUACAA